AUGGCAUUGCAGUCUUUGAAAAUUCUAUCAGUCAUGGCAGCCGUACGCCUCGACAACAAGGAAGACAAUAUUGAGGAAGUACUGUUUUCCUCACUCAUGGGCAAAAAAUCUUCCAAAGAUAGAAGCACAGGAGCUAGUACUGACCCCUUGCUUCAAACACAUGGGAAAAGGCAGGUCUCUCCGAAUGCUACACUGCUCACACCAGUGCAGUGCAAGUCAUUGUGGAAGCAAUUCAUAGAGGAGACUGAGCAUGAAGUGACCCAAGCUAUUUCUGCUCAGGAGGCUCAGAGGUGGAUAGAAAGGAGGUCAUCUAUUCUAUGGACAGUUGCGGAAAAUGCAGGGGCAGCAGCAGUGGGAACGGCAACAGGGGCGGCUUUGGUGGUUGUGGGGGUUGCUGCAGGGCCAGCAGGGGCUGUGGGAGGGGCAGUCGGGUUAAUGACGGCAGCAGCUGCAGCAGCAUUGAAGUGA